CACACAAGCGGUCUAGUGUGGUAGUCAGUUGUCUGCUGUUACGCAUGUUCACGCAUGUUCGACGCUGUCAUCGCUAAAAAAAAAUAGAAUACGCGUAUGCUGAUGUUAUACUCGAUCUCAAGUAUUAAAUGAAUUAAAUUUUUCAAAAUAGAAUUUUACGAUACGAGACGAAUGAUUGUCGUUGACAUGCACUUGAUUAUCUGUUCUCUAUCAAAUGAGAAAACCCGAGGCUGAUUGAUAAGUAAUAAGGCCCGAUAAUAAAAGUCAAGGAUAAUGGAAGGAGACUCAGGAAAUAAUACUUCCGACAAGGUUUCUAAACCGAAUACUUGGCCAUACAUGACCGUUAGUUCGCUGACACUGUCAUUCGUAGUUAAACUAGCAGCAGCUAGUGUCAUAUGGGGAUGGGGAUACUAUAAUUUCAGUAUAGCUUGGUUGAUCGCGCCAAUCGCAUUUUCCGUGUGGAAAGCAGAACGGAAAAGGGAUAAUGAAUUGAGAGCGAUUACAGCACAAGCCAGCGUAUUAGCUAAGGAAAAGGAGUUAAUUGUCGGUCGGAUAGACGAGUUACCCUCGUGGGUGUAUUUUCCAGACUUUGAUAGAGCUGAAUGGUUAAACAGAAUCUUAUAUAAAGUAUGGCCAAGUAUGAAUCAGUUUGUUCGCCAACUGUGUAAACAAAAUAUAGAACCAUCAAUUGUUGCGAGACUGACUGAAUACAAAAUGAAUUUUCAAUUCGAUCGUCUAGUCUUGGGUCGUAUUCCACCAAAAAUUUAUGGAAUCAAAGUUUAUGAUAAAAAUACCUCAAGAAAUGAAAUUAUUUUAGAUGCGGAUAUUAUGUAUGCUGGUGACUGUGAUAUUACUUUUUUUGUUGGAAAUAUCAAGGGUGGUAUUAAAGACUUCCAAAUUCGUGGUUUGGUGCGCAUUGUUAUGAAACCUAUGCUGUCCAUAAUGCCAUUGAUCGGAGGUGUACAGAUAUUCUACUUGAAUAAUCCUACUAUUAACUUCAACUUGGUGGGAGUGGCUGAUGUAUUAGAUUUACCCGGAUUUAAUGAAAUUCUGAGGAAAACAAUCGUUGAACAGAUAGCAGCUAUUGUUGUACUGCCAAAUAAAAUAAUUAUACCGCUAAGCGAAGAAGUACCUAUGGAGUCUUUAAAAAUGCCUGAACCCGAAGGCAUUUUGCGAAUUCAUGUUGUGGAAGCAAAGCAUCUGAUGAAAAAAGAUAUUGGAAUGUUAGGUAAAGGCAAGUCUGAUCCAUAUGCUAUCAUAAAUGUUGGUGCUCAGGAAUUUAGAACGAAAACGAUUGACAAUACCGUUAAUCCAAAGUGGGAUUUCUGGUGUGAGGCUAUGAUCAGUUCAUGCAAUAUGCAAGAAGCUGUGGUAUCUCUUUGGGAUUGGGAUCCAAAUGUCCCAGGUGUACAAUAUGAUGAUUUCCUUGGCAGAGCCACCAUCGAAGUUAAUCGAGUGAAGAAAAAGGGCACGAUCGAUACAUGGGUUUCUUUGGAACAAGCGAAGCAUGGUAUGGUUCAUUUGCGAUUAACGUGGCUGCAAUUUUCGAAAGAUCCUGCUGACUUGAAAGCUGCUUUAAAAGAAACUCAGGAACUUAGAAUUACAUCGAUGAGUACAGCUCUUCUCACACUUUAUGUUGAUUCUGCCAAAAAUCUACCGUGUAUUCGAGGAAAUAAACAACCCGAUGUUUAUUUGGAAGCGAGUGUUGGUGGAAAGAAGGAAAAAACAACUACUGUGUUACGUUCUUGUGAUCCUGUAUGGGAACAAGGAUUUAUCUUUUUAAUCAGCAACCCUGAGACUGGAGUUUUACACAUAAAGAUUACGGACGAGAAAACUACCAUGAUAGUAGGAGAAAUGAGUUAUAAUAUUUCCUUGCUUUUGGAAAAGAAUAAUCUUGAGGUGACCCAACAGCCAUACAAUUUGCAGAUGGCUGAAACGGAUAGCAAACUUGUAUUGUCAAUGUCGUUAAAUAUCUUGAAAUAUAUACAUCCUGAACCUACAUCUGAAGAAGAUGACGAUGAUCAUGAUAUCAAUCAGUUGAAUAAACGAAUCGAACGUCAGGAGUCUAACAUUAGUAAUAUGUUAUCUUCUAGUGUGCCUUCUAGCCCUCUUAAAAGGCAAUCUUCAAAAGAAUCAGUUAACAGCCCAUCUCGUAAUGUUGGAUCUGGUGCAGUGCUUUUGUCUGAAGAAUCAGCAGCGGUAGAAGAAGAAUUAAUAGUUAGCACUAGUGCUCCGUCCUCUUUCGCCGAAAGCUCUCAUCUUAUUCAUAGAAAUCCAAGCGUGACGUCUUCUCUGGGCGAAGCAAAACUAGGCAGGAUACAAUUGACUUUACGUUACAGUGUACAGAGACAGAAAUUGAUUAUUGUCGUACACAAAAUUGCUAACCUGCCACUCCCACAAAAUGAUCCGCACAAUAUACCGGAUCCGUACGUGAAACUCUAUCUUUUGCCGGACCGACAUAAGGAAACAAAGCGCAAAACUGCCGUAAUGAAGGACAAUUGUAAUCCAACGUUUGAUGAACAAUUCGAAUAUGUCGUUUCGCAGGGAGAUUUAAGCACGCGCACAUUAGAAAUAUCUGUAUGCACUCAAAAGGGUUGGUUGUCGACCGGAAGCAACGUGAUGGGACAGAUUCACGUCAAAUUGAGCGAAAUUGAUGUUUCAAAGGCGAUUACCACUUGGUACGAUUUACAACCGGAAAUCAAAGACUAGAAGAAAAGGAGAAGUAAGUGGGGAUUCGAGCGGUUGUGCGUCUGUUUGACGAAACAACCGAUUAAAUUGCCACUUAAUUUUUACAAACGAUGAAAGUCUCAAAUAUUACAUUUACGUUUAUAUUUCAUUGAUCAUAUUGUUCAACGAUUUAUAUACGUGAAUAUAUACAUAUAUAUUUAAAGUGCUAAAUAUGAGAUGCAAGAUGUCUUUCGAGAAAAGAUCUUACUUAAAAUAUUUUGUACUUACGCCGUCCAAUGGCAUAAAAUGAUCUGAGAUAUAAUGACAUAAAGAGCAUUAAACGGGAGCGGAUUGGUUUAAAUAAUUUAGCUUAAUAUAAAUUUUAUUAUAUAAUAGUAAUAUAAAAUGUUUUAAUACAAUACAAUACACGAAAAGAUUCAAUCUUAACGAAGACUUGUAAUUUUAUAUUUGUUAAAGUUUUCUUUUUCCUAAAAUUGUGUUAAAUUUUAAAGUAAUUAAACGCU